CCUGCCGCUACCAGCGCUGUAAUCCCACAAUGCAGAGCGCAUGGUGCGUCAUUGGAGAGGGACGAAAAUGAUGGCGGCGGUCGGUGCACCAGAAGUGAUCACACAGCUGGAAAGCGCUGCCAAAGUUUUAAUGGCACCGCCGUCCAUGGUCAGCACAGAACAGAGGCAGCAUGCUGAACACAUAUUCCUCUCCUUCAGGAAAUCCAAAUCACCGUUUGCCAUCUGCAAGCACAUCUUAGAGACCAGUAAGGUGGACUAUGUUCUGUUCCAGGCAGCCACAGCCAUCAUGGAGGCGGUGGUGCGGGAGUGGAUCCUGCUGGAGAAGACCAGCAUCGAGUCGCUCCGGGCGUUCCUCCUCACCUACGUCUUACAGAGACCCAACCUCCAGAAGUACGUCCGUGAGCAGAUCCUGUUGGCUGUGGCGGUCAUCGUGAAGAGGGGCUCUCUAGACAAAAGUAUCAACUGUAAAGGCAUCUUUCUGGAGGUCGGACAGCUGAUCAGCAGCGGGAACACCACAGUGCAAACACUGGCCUGCUCCAUCCUGACCGCUCUGCUCAGCGAGUUCUCCAGCUCCAGUAAAACCAGCAGCAUCGGCCUCAGCAUGGAGUUUCACGGAAGCUGCAAGCGUAUGUUCCAGGAAGAUGGCCUGCGUCAGAUCUUCAUGUUGACCAUGGAGGUGCUGCAGGAGUUCAGCCGCAGAGAAAACCUAAACGCCCAGAUGUCGUCCGUCUUCCAGCGCUACCUGGCUCUGGCCAACCAGGUCCUCUGCUGGAACUUCCUGCCACCUAAUCUGGGGCGCCACUACAUCGCCAUGUUCGAGGCCACGCAGAACGUCAUGCUCAAGCCGACAGAGACCUGGAGGGAAGCGCUGCUGGACACCCGCAUCAUGGACCUCUUCUUCACCGUACACAGGAAGAUUCGGGAAGACUCUGACAUGGCCCAGGACUCCCUGCAGUGCCUGGCCCAGUUGGCCUCCAUGCACGGGCCCGUAUUCCCCGACGAGAGCGCCCAGGUCUCCUACCUGGCCCACCUGGUGGAGGGCCUGCUCAGCAUGAUCAAUGGGAUUGAGAUUGAGGACUCAGAGGCAGUGGGCAUCUCCAAUAUCAUCUCCAAUCUGAUCACCAUGUUCCCGCGGAGUACUUUAACGGCGCUGCCCAGCGACCUCUUCACCUCCUUCAUCAACUGUCUCACGCUGCUCACCUGCUCGUUCGGACGCAGUGCCGCCCUAGAGGAGGUGCUGGAUAAAGACGACAUGGUUUACAUGGAGGCCUAUGACAAACUCCUGGAGUCGUGGCUGACGCUCGUCCAGGACGAGGAGCAUUUUCCUCGAGGCUGCUUCGUCCAGCCGGCAAUCCAGGUCUUCAACUCGUACAUCCAGUGUCACCUGGCUGCUCCUGAUGGCACCCGCAACCUGUCAGUGAAUGGCAUCUCAUCUCAUGAAGAGGAAGAGAUCAACGAGCUGCAGGAAGACGACAGAGAGUUGUUCUCCGACCAGCUGUCCAGCAUCGGCAUGCUGGGACGUGUUGCCGCUGACCACUGUAUCCCCCUGCUCACAACCCUGCUGGAGGACCGGGUGACACGGCUGCACGGUCAACUCCAGAGGACCCAGCAGCACCUCAUGGCCACGUCUGACCCCGAAUCAAUGGACCGCAAAGUCCUGGACGACCUCUAUGAGGACAUCCACUGGAUCAUACUGGUCUCAGGGUAUUUACUAGCAGACGACUCUCAGGGCGAGACGCCGUUGAUCCCCUCAGAGGUGAUGGAGUUUUCCAUCAAACACUCGACAGAAGUGGACAUCAACACGACGCUGCAGAUCCUCGGCUCACCGGGGGAGAGAGCCUCGUCCAUACCGGGCUGCAACCGCACAGACUCAGUUAUCAGGUACCGUUGA